AUGGCCUCCAAGCUUCUUCUCCCACUGAUUAGCCCUGCCCUCCGCUUUCUUCCCUGGGUGCCCACCUCCCUGCUCACCCUCCCGCCCUCAAUUGCGCUCCACAUAGCACUCCACCCUUCUCCAUCCCUCCCCAACUUUGUCGCAUCUCCCGUCACCUCCCCCCUCCAUCUCCCCCUUCUUUUCACCCUAGGCUCCAUACCUAUCUUUUACUUUCUAGGGCUGGUCACAAACAAUAUCAGCUGGGUCGACCGGAGCUGGCCUCUCUACCCUCCUGUCAUCUCGUGCAUGAUCUUUGUCUGGGCUCUCAUCAACCAUGCUUCAUUAACUUAUGCCGGGAACAUUCCCAGGAUUACCCUCAUGUUUGGCCUCCAACUAAUCUGGUCAACUCGUCUCUUGUUUCACGCUACCAAACGCGGCUUUUACGAUCUCAAAGGUCAAGACUACCGAUACACUGUCGUACAAAAGAUCGUCCCCCGCUGGGCUUUCGCACUUAUACAUCUCUUUGUUGUAGCGAUCGCCCAACCGAUUCUACUCUUCGCCCUCUGCCUGCCUCUUUACGCCGCUCUCGUGUCUGCGCCUCUACCGCAAGACCAGCCCUGGUCGAUACCAUUCAGCGCAGUGGCUGGACUCUUGCCAUCGCGAUUGAGAACGGCUGUGCCACUUGAUACCCCCGUUCUGGCAGUAUCAGAUUACAUCAUGACUGCCAUCUCCUUGUUCACUAUCGUGGUGGAAUGGCAAGCCGACAAGCAGAUGUACGCUUUUCAGACAGGGAAGCACAAUCUGAUCUCAAGUCUUCCCAACGACCAACUCAUCCAUCCUUCUCCACCUCCAUCCGAGGACCAGCCCCUCAUUCAAAAAGAAGGUCUGCCCAAACCAUCUCCCUACCCUGCCUCUCAUCACCCGGGAUACCCAACCCGAGGCAUGUGGCGUCUAUCGAGACAUCCUAACUUUGCUGCCGAGCAGCUGUUCUGGAUUAGUCAAGGACUGUUUGCUGCGUUGGCUGGUGCUGCCAGUGGUACAGCCGAACAGGGGUGGUUUAUGAGGACAGCAUUGGGCCCCUGCUUUGCCUUGAGCUUGCUCUUCUGUUCAAGCACCUUUCUUACCGAAUGGAUCAGUGGUCGCAAGUAUCCUUCUUUCAAGAGGUACAAACAACUUGUGGGGGAAUUCUUGCCUCAAGAGACUGCGCUUCUUUGGCUAUGGGGUGUCGUCAGGGGCACUCGGGGGCAGCUCGUGAAGGAGAUAUAUGAGGCUCCUCGGCCCGUUGACAAUGGCCAGACCGAGUGA